AAACAUGCAGGUUUGCCACCUUUAUUCUGCACAAGUAUAGGUGGUUGUCAUCCAUCUGUGACCACAUUAUACUAUGAAGUAUUUCGUGGAUGCGCACCCAUGUUACUAAGGGCUAAAUAAUGAAUAAACCUAACAAGGUUGGCGACAUUAUGAUAUUGUAAUGAAAAGUGUUAAAGUUUAAAUUGGAAGCAUAAAGUGUGUGUGUGUGUGUGUGUGUGUGUGUGUAUGGAGAGCAGGGAAGUGGCAACAACAUCCUUCAGUGACCGAGUAACCGACGCCGCGACCGGAUGAAAACUUUCGUCCAGGCUUGUGCUUGUUUGUAACCAACCUUUCCACUGAUUUCCUCCUGACGUCACGGACAAUGAAGGUGGUGACGCUGUGUGUGCUGGCUUUUGGUCUGGCGGAUAUCGCCGCUGGGGACCUGCCGCCCCCUGACAGAUCCUACAAAAUUCUCGUUCUUAUUCCUGUGGCGUCUACGAGUCACAGAAAUGUGUUCUUACCCCUGGUCGAGUCCCUGGCUGACCGUGGACACAAGAUAGUGAUGCUCGUCUCUUUACCACCAGUCUUCAAACAUCCAAAUGUGACAGAGAUAAACUUUGAGGUACCCAUAUCACACAUUAACUUAUUUGUGGAAGGCAAAUUUCUUGGAGGUUUGCGUGCUCUGGGGGAAAGACUACCCAAGAUAGCGCGGAACUUGUACCAGAUACCAUCGGUGAAGAUACUUUAUGAAAAAAGAAAAGAAUUUGAUCUCAUAAUAGUGGAUCAUAUGUUCAAUGAGGUCGGUUACCCAUUCCUGCACGAGGUCCCUUUCAUCACUAUCGCCACGCCCGGGAUGGACCACCGCCAGAGUGCCUUCUUGGGCAACGUCCUCAACCCUUCCUACGCCCCUCACUUAAUUGACAGCUUUCCUCUUCCCUUGUCUCUGUGGCAACGUAUCAAGAACACCUUCAUGCACAUCUGUGUGGCAAUUUUCUGGAGGAACUGGGCAGUUGUACCGCUGAUUCAGAAAGAGAUCUCAGCUCAGUUCAAUGACCUGCCACCGCUGCUGGACAUCGAGAGGAACCAGAGUCUGACACUGAUGAACACUCACUUCACCAUUACCACACCGGUGCCCCUCCUGCCCUCACAGGUGGAGGUGGGGGCUAUGCACUGCCGCCCUGGCGAGCCUCUGCCACAGGAUUUGGAGUCGUGGCUUACAGGGGCAGGCUCUAUGGGCGUCAUUUACUUCAGUCUGGGAUCAGUCUUGCGUGGUAAAAUACUCCCGGAAUACCUUCAAUUCUUCCUGGAGGCUUUCCAAAGACUGCCGCAACGGGUACUGUGGAAGUACGAGGGGCAGCUGCAGGGCGCGUCCGACAACGUCAGGGUCAGCAGCUGGUUUCCCCAGCAGGACAUCCUCGCACACCACAACGUGAAAGUCUUCAUCUCCCAUGGCGGCCUCCUCAGUCUUCAGGAGUCUAUCUUUCAUGAAAAGCCCCUUCUUGUCCUGCCUGUCUUCGGUGACCAGCCGAGGAAUGGCAUGGUCGUAGAAAACUCGAAUAUUGGUCGUGUCUUGGUGUGGGAGGAACUUACUGCCGACAGGAUCGUCGACGCCCUCAAUGACAUCAUCAACAACCCGAUGUACAAAGAGAACGUGGCCAGGAUGUCGGCGUCCUUAAGGGAUCAACCGACGACGCCAAAGGAGCGUGCGGUUUUCUGGACAGAGUACGUCGUCCGCCACCGAGGGGCGCCUCAGCUGAGAUGCCCGGCCGCCCAGCUCUCCUGGGUGGAGUUCCUGAUGCUGGACGUGAUGGGUCUCCUGCUGCUGGCCUUGCUGCUGCUGCUACUUCUCAUCCGUCGAUUCCUGAGGGCAGUUUCCGCGACCCUCCUUGGUAGCAGCGCCAAAAGGAAGAAAGACUAAGGAUCACGAAAAUUGGAUUUCAUGCAGUAUGUGAUUUGCUUGCUAUGGUUGUGGUAUUUGCUGCAACGGUACAUGAUGAUGGCAGGCCAGGUAUUGUCAUAUGCAUCUUUCGAGCUCUAGUUUUUUUUUUUCCCUCGAGCUUCAUUUUUUUUCCAUGAACUUUUUAAUGCAUAUUGCUUCUGUUUUCUCUGUAUGUGCAAUUGUGCUUAACUGUAAGGAAAGAUUCUCUAGUAUGACUGGUCCGUAACUACACGCCUUGCCUUUUUCUUAAGUGUAUUAAUAAAUUUUAAUUUUCACGAUUCCCAGAGUUAAAUUAAUGGCAACUGUAGUAUGUUACUGUUUCCUCAUUCACUACAUCAUCAAUCUGUAUGUAUGGAACGACAACGACGACGGCGACAACAACAAAAUAAAACAACAACAACCAACAUCAUCACCACCACCACUACUACAACGACGACGACGACGACGACAACAACAAAAAUCAACAACAACAACCAACAUCAUCAUCACCACCACCACCACUACCACCACCAACAAAAACAACAACAGCAACCACCAACACCACCACCACAACAACAACAGGAAGAACACAAACAACGACUACUGUUACUACUACUGCUACCACUACUACCAUUUCUGCUACUACUACUGCUACUACUACUACUACUACUACUACUACUACUACUACUAUCACUACUACUAUCUUCACUACAACUACAAGAACAUCAACAACAACAACUGUUACUAUUACUAGGAAAACGCUCACCACCUGCCUACCCUGUGUGAUAUUUGAAGAUGCAAGGCAACAUGCAAGAUAUUCAUGAUAAUCUUCUCUUUUCUCUUUUACACAGCUUUUUAUGCGAGAAGACAUGUUUAAUUUAAAGCCUAACUUCAUAAUGGAUGGACAUAAUGAUUAUAAGUAAGUGUUGUAUAAACCAUAAAAUUUUAUUCCUUAACUU